AUAGGAUAUGUAUGGGGUAAUGGAAAUGUGAAAAAUUGCCUUGUAAUAUAUAUAAAGGAUGAAUGAUAGAAUUUAAAUUGAAUUUCUAUUUUUAUCACAUCAUACCUAAAACAGACCAAAACGUGAAAUACAAAUUGUGUAUUAAAGAUUCUCUUGUAUUUUGCUGACAUUUUGGCUUUAUUAUUCUCUAUUCGAAUAAGUUCUGUUCUCCAGUUCUCAUUUGGUUUGAAUGUUUGUAAACAAAAGAACAUUCGAAUGAGUAUGUUUCCUGUACGAAAUUAUAUUUUUGUCCGAAUAAUACUUCAAAUGUGCAAAGCACAGACCUUUAACAGCCUCUUUUAGGAUAACAAUCCAAUGCUUUAUAACAAGCUCUGAUUUUCCAGUCAUAAAGCCAAUGUAGAAAACCAAACUUUAAAAAGGAAAAGGUUAAAUCUAUCGCCUUUCGUGACGAGCAGCAUUAUGAAAAAUUACCUUUUAUUUGUUUUCUUAUUUUCUAUCUUGAAGAGCUGUUGCUUGUACAACACUUUUACGGUACAAAACGCAGUUUCGGCGAGAAACCCGUUAGGAAGCUACCCGGCCAUCGACUGGCUUGAAUGUCUAAACAUCUGCUCUGAAAAAUCUUCAUGCAUUUCUUACAACUUUAGAAACGACGGUGACGAGGAAACCUGCAUUUUGUACAACUAUGGAUUCCAAAAUGCUUGCGAGGCGAAGGAAAAGCUUAUAUUUAAAGAUGGAUUUGUAUUUCAGCAAAUCAGAGAAGAAAUGUUGGAAGACAUUUUCUAUCAGUAUGACCCAUCAGAGAGGAAGACUUCAGCGGAAAUAGAGCAAGGAUUAAUUUUAUCCAUAUCAUGCAGCCAAGCCGUCCUCAUCUAUGUAGACGAUAAACAGGUUGGCAAAUCAACAACUUGGUGUAACCGAAAAAUCACUCAGUUCAUCAUACCCGAAGAUUCACGGAUGGUUGCAUUAGAAGGAGUGGACUUUGGUCGUUUACAACCCGGGAUCAUUGCAUCACUAGGCAACCAGAUUGUGACUGACAGCUCGUGGAAGUGUAGCGUUCAUCCAACAUCUGGUUGGACGAGUUGGGGUUUCAACGACGCGUUGUGGCCGGCUGCAAGUGUGUAUUGGAAUUUAUCAAAUCCCAUUGAAUUGCUGCCGGUUAAAGAGGGAUUGACGGAUAAGGCGGAAUGGAUUUGGACUGCAGAUACCAAUUCAAGGCACGUUUAUUGUAGACGAAAGAUACGCUAAUCAUUCCUAACCAUUGGCCAAUUUUUUGUCCGUAUAUCAUAUAGUUCUUAACUCUAUGCACCAUAGAAAGGAUCGCGAAUAUAAGACAGUAAAGAAGGUUUUUUUCCCAAUUUUUAAUAUACCUUGCUUAAAUAGGGGAAAAAAUAACAAUUAAAAUUGAGUUCUAAGUUGAAUGCGGUAGUUUUUUUGUGGAUCAAACGCAUUUGUAUUGCUUCAAUCCCACAAAAAUAAAUUUGUUAUUCCCUGUAAAUAAUGGAUGACCAAAUUAAAUUAAAAAAAAAACACAGUG